AUGAUAUCAGAAAAUAAUUUUGUUAUUCCAAAUACAUUAAAUCAACAAUUAGUAGAAGAAACUGAAGAUGAAUAUAAAGUAACACCAUUAUCAGAUCCGGUAAUUAAUCAAACCAUCGAGGUAGAUCAUAAAACACGAAUACAAGAUUCAUAUUUGUUAUUAAAUGUAUUACUUGGUCCGUACGCAUUUGAGACUAAUUAUAUAUCAGAAAUGAUAAAUUUAGCAGGGCAAAUACAUUAG